GGGAACAGGGCUGACGCGCACCGCGCCACAGAGAGCUUUGGCUAUUGAUAAGCCUGUGACGAAGGAGCGGACAGCAAACUCCCAUUGUAUGCUACCACACUUGUGCUGCACUUAGAGGCGCACCGUGCGUUAUAAGGAGAGAAUAACCUCAUGUAAUGCUACAACGCGUGGAAAAGGAACAUAACAAGGGAUUUUAAUCAACUUGAAAAGUGUUGAUGUCUCGAGGGAUAACCUAGCAUUAGCCUAUACUAAUGUGUAAAUAACAUUUGACUGAUCUAGUCUAUAAUAUUGUUUGGAAGCUUUGUUUUAUGUAUGCAAGUCAUUGAAAUUGGUCAGAAGAUGUUUUCCUCAUUACAUUGAUUAUUUUUUUUGAUAAUGUAAGAGGUUUAUUUUAAAGCCAUAACAUUUGAUGUUUUAAUUUCACACUAGGACUUUUACUGACUCGAAUUGUGUGAUACCAAACUAUCUGAGACUAUCAUCCGAUCGCAGGAGAUUGUGUUUGGAACACACCACAAAAAAGUUCAUUGGAGAUUUAACACAUCAAUUCAAGAUGGACCAAAUCAUCUUUAAAAAAGUCGCCUUACUCCCCUAGUCCCCUGACAGUGGAAUUUCGAGCUCGGUGGACGUUCUAAGUGGGACGCGUAUAAUUGAGUAGGCAACAAUUGCUAAUUGACUGGAUAUACUUUGCUGAGACAAGCGUGGGCGUCCGUCUGCUCGCAACGCCAGGAGUUCCAAUUCCACAGAGCGAGCCGCUGUCCCUGCGCUUAGUGCUGAGGGAGAGACUCGUGUUGUUUCCAUAAAUGCUUGGUCUAUCGCGGAGAAUCCAGCCUGGGCAGCAAGAUGAGCUCGUGGGUUUGGGUUCAGCUGCUCGCGUUGUUUGCGACAUGUCUGCGGUCGGGCAGCGCAGAGGGGGAUCCUCUCCCUCCAAGUUUGGUGGAGCUGGUUAGGAGCAACCCUAUCUCUUCCAUAGAGGACCUGCAGCUGCUGCUGCUCAGUGACUCCGUAGAUGAGGAUAUUUCAGAAGAUUUUUUGCCCAGUGGACAACACUCCAACAACACUAGCAACCGACUACCAAGGAGUCUGGACGCCCAGCCAGCUCAGCAGGCGCUAUGUAAGGUGAGGACAGAGGUGAUGGAGGUGACCCGUGCCAUGUUGGACCGCAGCAACGCCAACUUCAUGUUGUGGCCUCCCUGUGUAGAGGUACAGCGAUGCUCUGGCUGCUGCAACACCAAGAGCCUGCAGUGUGUCCCCGUGCUGACGCACACCAGGCACCUACAGGUGAUGAAGAUCCAGUACGUGGAGAAGCGUCCCAACUACUCCAAGGCCGUCGUCUCGGUCCACGACCAUGUGGAGUGUCGCUGCCAGCCUGCCCCUCGCCCCCCGGCCGUCCCCAAGAAGAAAUCCACGCCCCGCAGACAGCAGAAAGACAACAAAGGAGAGGGGCAUCCAGCCAAGGCCAGAUCCAAGGAGGAGCUGCACCGCAGAGAUGAGCUGAAGCACAACCAGAGGAUCCAGCUGGAAGACCUGCUGGACCAGCACUGGAACCCCAAGGACACCUCCUCAGACGCAGGGGCGGGGAAAGGGGGCUAUGGGCUAGACCAUGACAAGAUGGAUCCUCAGUGGGUACUUAACGCCACCAGCCAGCUGGGAGCUAAGGAGUGGACCGAACGUCGACAUCACGAUGACAUGGAGGAGGGGAACGACAGUAGUAGUGUCAACGGCACUACAACCGCAAUGGACAUCGACAUGGUACAACUUGACCACGAGAAGAGAGACGGGGUCGAGACACGAGGAGACACACUAUUUAACAUUACUGAGGGUAAUGUCAGUAGGGGAGAUAGGCAGCAGGGAAGUCUGAGUCUCAGUGAGGAGGGAGACCAGGAGACACAUAGACAACCCACAGAAACACAGAGUCCCUCGCUACGCACCAACACAUCAAAGCAACAGCGACAUGGGACCAACUCCUCCUCAGAAGAAACCAAAAGCAGAGAGAGAGCCAAUCAAAGAAUGGAACAGCGAUUCUAUCCUACGGAGGAAACCAAUCAGAGGCCCGAGAGCAGAUUCCCUCCCCUUGAGGAAGCCGAUCAAAGACGUAAAGACAAUGAGACCCCCGAUUCAGAGAGGAGGCUCCAGCACGCUCUCCAACUGGAACAGGAGAAGCUGGAGGAGGAGAGGAAGGAGCUGUUGUUACUCCACAGGAGACUGGACGAUGAGAAGGUGAGACUGCACCUGAGACGGGAGCAACAGAAACAACAGCAAGAAGAAGAGGAGCAGAAGUACCCUCGGCCUAAUCAUAAACAUCAUCAAACUCAAUCCGCCACACAAAGAACAGACACAGUGUCGACCACUUCAACGCGAGCGCCCUCAGACCUGGCUGGUCCCCGGCCACCUGCUCGGCCUGGCCCACCUAGGAAGAGAAUGAGGAAGAACAACCGCAAGCGCAUCAGCAAGGCUGCAAUGAGAGCAAUGCUAAUGUAGAACCUACAAUCUCUCUGCAGGGAGUGAGGCGCUCGGUCUUUGUUCUGGACAAUCCAGGUGGCGACAUCGAGCAGUUAAUUCAUUUCUUCUGAGUUUAUAUUCAUGUGUCAGUAACCUGCCCAUCCUGUGACCGUGAGGUAUUCCCUAAUAGUACUAAUGAUUGUCUAGUGAACCCAAAACAACCCUUGGACAGAAAGAAAUAUGGGACAAGAAGAAUGGGAUGUAAAUACAUACAAGGCUGAGGUGAUCCAUCAACAUUUGUCUGAUCCGUCAAAAUAUGAUCUCCUUUUUAACAACAAGAUGUUCCCCCAGUCGGAUCAAUAACAGUGGAACGUUGGAACAGAACAUUCAAACAACAUUAGGACUUUGGGAGAUAUCAUUGGAACACUGGAACGUUCACAAGGAUGUCGGACUGUUGCUGGACAGUGCUAUUGGACCUCCCUCAUGACUUUUCAAUGACGGCGUAGUAAAACCACUCUGGUCCGUAGAGAUCAAGUCGGUUAAAAACUCUUUGUAUGCUCUUCCGAGACAUGGUUCAUUAUAACUCCCAAGAAGAUCACGCUUGUCAACGAGAGGAGAGAGAGCUUUUUUUUUUAAAUGUCCGUCCAAAUCUCCCAUUUUUCUAUGAGCAGGAGAUGCUGAAAAUACGUGUUUUUGUUUGAAAAUAUAUUUCAAAAGUACAUAUUUCAAAAAUGUUGCUCACUGGGUUCCGACAUGGAAGAAUACAUUUUCUUUUUCCGACUAGAAAGGAUACACUGGUAGAGAACCAGGAAAAUACCAUGGCGGGCAGAUAUUACAGGGACAAUGGGAAAGAAAUGAUGACAUUUAUAUGAGCUAGGACUGUUGGAAUGACUGGUCAUCUUGACUGAUGCGAGCAGUAUCCCUACAUUGUACUUACACCACUCUAUAUUUGCCAUUCACACACUAAGGGAGGGCCAUAGAACUACACAGCAAAGAUAUUACAUGUCUCAUCUCGUCAAUGUCGAAUCUCGUUUUCUAUAAAGAUAUUUAAUUGUAUUUAAUUUGAUCUGAAACACUGGAACUCCAUCAACAAUUAAUGCACAGGUUUGCAUUCUCAUGUUCAGCUGGGGCUUCCGCACUUCUUUCGGAGUGUGGUUAAAGACGCAAGGUGCUAUUACAGGGGUUGCAUUACACCUUUAUGUCCGCCUUUAACAUGAUUUAUUCCUUAUAUCACAUAGGUCUCCUGUGUUCAUUAUCAAUAGGAUUACUACAUAUGAAGCAUUUUGGGGGUUGAAUAUUGACCCCUCUUCCGGUCUCAAUAUAAUUUGAGCUGUCAGCCUUUGUGCACACAGGCCAUAGUCUAGAUUCAAUUAGAUCAAGCAUUAUCUGACGAUAGCAGACAGCCGCAUAGCGGAUGUUUUGGCGGUUUUAGAGGAGGAUUUGAGCCGUCAAAUUGGCUCAAAGUCAGAAAAUAAAGUGUAGUCUAUAUAGAAAUAAUUACACUCAAAUUAAAAACAAAUUAAACAUUAGGAUUUCUAUCAUCCUAAUCAAGGUGUAGAUUACAACUCAGUGUUCCAACUUGUAAACAAGGAUGCAAAGCAUUUCUGUUAAUGAGACUUUAGGUAUAAUGCCGGGAGCCACGUACGGAUUUGACAGCCCUAAAUCGCCAAAACAACCGGCUAAAGCGAACAUGGAUCUGAUUGAAUUGAGCCCAAUGUAACUACAAUGAAAAGCUUUGAAAAGGGAAAAGGUGUUGUCUGUUGCCUGUCAUUCACUGUCUGUAUGAUAGACAAGUUAUGGUAAUGACUUUGUGUCGUUGUUUUACUUUGUGUGUCAAUGUUGGUGUGCAUGUGCAUGUGUAUGUGCAUGUCUGUGCUCAAGCGUGUGUAUGCCCGUUUGAGUGUUAGAGUAAUUGUAAGUAUGUGAACAGAAUCAUAUUUAUGUGUUUGAUCACAAACACUCAUGAAUCCAUAAGGCAGGUAGUCCCUUAUUCACAAUGCUCAUUGCUAACCAGUCCUUGUCUGCAUAGGGAACAGUAGAGAAUCAGACCUUGUGUAUCCUGAGUCUGUGUUACUUUAUUUAAUAAAGGCAGACAGACACAGCAAGGGUACUGAAAUAGGCGCCAUUUUCAUUUUUAACACAGAGAAUUAUGCACUAUGCACUCUCUCUGUCAGUUUGUGACAGCACACACAAACACGCCCAAGACAGAGACCGCAGUAUCGUGACCCAGAUAAAGCAGGGAUUGUGGAGAAAUCAUACAGUGUGACAGUAAUCCUAGUUUUAACACCCCUUUGCUACAAAAUGUUGACAUUUAAUAUUGAUUAACAGUAAGUUGUCCUAAAAAAAGGGUUCAAGCUUUGUUUUUUUAGUAUCCUAUGGAUUUUACAGGGAAGUUUAGUAAAACUAUUUGGUGAACAAUCUAACACUACAAUUUGAGGAGAAGAAGUGUCCUGAUAACAGUUUCAGAUAAUAAAAUCUUCAUGGGUUAGAUGUGUCAAGCAAAGAAGCUCAGUGCUUGUGUGUGGGCCACUGCAGGUCACCUUGGUAUAGUUUGCUCACUUCAAAUAACCAAACUACCAGCCAAAUACAAAAAAUGUGGCAUAUUCCAUAAUGCCUUCUUUCAACUGUAAUUAGUUAUUGUCUGUUUUGUUUUGAGUUAUCAAAAAAUGAAUGUUGUGAUAAUUGCCACUUAAUUCUAUUUUGAUAUGAUUAUAAAAAAACAUAUGUGAGAAAGUGUACUUGGCUGUGAGCUUAUAUCCUGCUUUUUGUGUUGUGAAGUAAGAGAAGCUACCCACUGGGCACAGACGUCAGUUCAACGUCUAGUUUUGAUUUACAUUUUGGUUGAGUUGUCCACUAAGGUGAAUUCAAGUUAGAAUGUUUAAAUGUCACGUGCACAAGUACAGUGAAAUGCAUAUCUUACAAGCUCCAAGCCCAACAAUGCAGUAAUCAAUAUCCAUAGUUGUCACGUGUGCUCCCUCUCCGGCCUCUAGGUCACCAGGCUGCUCGUUAUGGCGCACACCUGUCAUCAUCGUUACGUGCAUUAUGACACUCACCUGGACUCUAUCACGUCCUUGAUAACCUGCCCUAUAUACAGUUGAAGUCAGAGGUUUACAUACACCUUAGCCAAAUACAUUUAAACUCAGUUUCAAAAUGUCUGACAUUUAAUCCUAGUAAAUAUUCCCUGUUUUAGGUCAGUUAGGGUCACCACUUUAUUUUAAGAAUGUGAAAUGUCAGAACAAUAGUAGAGAGAAUGAUUUAUUUAAUCUUUUAUUUCUUUCAUCACAUUCCCAGUGGGUCAGAAGUUUACAUACACUCAAUUAGUAUUUGGUAGCAUUGUUUUUAAAUGGUUUAACUUGGGUCAAACCUUUUGGGUAGCAUUCCACAAGCUUCCCACAAUAAGUUGGGUGAAUUUUAGCCCAUUCCUCCUGACAGAGCGGGUGUAACUGAGUCAGGUUUGUAGGCCUCCUUGCUUGCAAACGCUUUUUCAAUUCUACCCACACAUUUUCUAUCGGGUUGAGGUCAGGGCUUUGUGAUGGCCAUUCCAAUACCUUGACUUUGUUAUCCUUAAGCCAUUUUGCAACAACUUUGGAAGUAUGCUUGGGGUCAUUGUCCAUUUGGAAGAUCCAUUUGCGACCAAGCUUUAACUUCCUGAUUGAUGUCUUGAGAUGUUGUUUCAAUAUAUCCACAUCAUUUUCCUGCCUCAUGAUGCCAUCUAUUUUGUACAGUGCACCAGUCCCUCCUGCAGCAAAGCACCCCCACAACAUGAUGCUGCCACCUCCGUGCUUCACGGUUGGGAUGUUGUUCUUCGGCUUGCAAGCCUCCUCCUUUGUCCUCCAAACAUGAUGGUCAUUACAGUUCAAACAGUUCUAUUUUUGUUUCAUCAGACCAGAGGACAUUUCUCCAAAAGGAUAUGGCGGUUUUGGAGCAGUGGCUUCUUCCUUGCUGAGUGGCCUUUCAGGUUAUGUCGAUAUAACACUCAUUUUACUGUGGAUAUAGACACUUUUGUACCUGUUUCCUCCAGCAUUUUCACAAGAUCCGUUGUUCUUUUUCUGGGACUGAUUUGCACUUUUCACAUCAAAGUAUGUUAAUCUCUAGGAGACAGAACACAUCUCCUUCCUGAGAGGUAUGACGGCUGUGUGGUCCCAUGGUGUUUAUACUUGCGUAGUAUUGUUUGUACAGAUGAACGUGGUACUUUCAGGUAUUUGGAAAUUGCUCCCAAGGAUGAAUCAGACUUGUGGAGUUCUACAAAAAGAAUCGCAGGUCUUGGCUGAUUUCUUUUGAUUUUCUCAUGAUGUCAAGCAAAGAGGCACUGUGUUUGAAGGUAGGCCUUGAAAUACAUCCAUAGGUACACCUCCAAGUGACUCAAAUGAUGUCAAUUAGCCAAUCAAAAGCUUCUAAAGCUUUUCCAAGCUGUUUAAAGCUGUUUAAAGGCACAGUCAACUAAAUGUAUAUAAACUUCUGAACCACUGGAAUUGUGAUACAGUGAUACAAUUGUGAUAAAGAAAUACAAUAAGUGAAAUAAUCUGUCUGUAAACAAUUGUUGGAAAAUGUCAGGCACAAAGUUGAUGUUUGUUAACAAGACAUUUGUGGAGUGAUUGAAUAACACGUUUUUUUUUAAUA